CUGUUUUGAACAAGUUGUAGUGCAUUAUCAUAGGUAAACUAUCACGUAGUGUGCGUCAAACACCAAGUUAGACUGUUAAAAAGCCACUGACUACUUUGCAGAGCUUCUGGUUCAACAAUCGAACUUUCAUGGUAUUUCGUCACCAUUCCGCACUGCUGCUAAACUAGAGGGCCGGGGCUUCCCGGCUUAACAAGCCAUGGCGGAUACCGACAAGGCUCCCGAGCCCAUGGCUGAGGACGACCAGCCGCAGCAGCAACCUGAAAAUGAAACGCCAGAUGCUGCAACGGAAGCCCCGCCUGCGGAGGGCGCCAGCGAGGAGCCCGCUGCCAAGAAGGCGCGCACGGCCCCAAAGUUUGUGCCCAAGCAGUUUCAGGUGUCGGGACCAAUGCAGGGUCGCGGCCAGGGUCGCGGCUUUGGUCGCGGUCAGCAGUUUAUGGGCCCGAUGGGGGCGGCUGGCCGGUUUGGUUGGCCCCGCCCGCAAUUCAUGCCUCAGCAACAGCAGCAGCAGCCUCAGCGGCCACGGGGAGGACUGACUCUCACUGAGAUUGCGGAGGACAAGCUGACAAAGACGGCAAAGCAAGAGUGGAGCAAUGAGGCGCGCGCGCAGGAGAACCCGCCCGCGUUUAAGCCAGAGCUCGUUCAGACUAUCUACAAGCAGGAGCUGGGCGGGGCGAGUAAGCGGGCACCGGGACACAAGCGUAUCAUGCUGCUGGAGAUUUCGCAGUACCUGGAGAACUACCUAUGGCCCAACUUCGACGUGGAGAAGGCGACCUUUGAGCACGUCAUGUCGCUUGUGCUCAUGGUCAAUGAGAAGUUCCGGGAGGGCGUGCCGGCGUGGACCUGCUUCCACACGCGGGAGGACGCAUUCCCCGGCUUCUUCAAGCGCGUGCUGUCGCUGAAGGACGGGCGCGAGGAGGAGCUCAAGCUGCACGAGCGCACCGCCUACGUGCUGUUCAUGAUCCGCUCCUUCCAGUCGCUGGAGGACGAGAUGGUGCGGGCGCAGGUGCUGCGGCUGGUGUCGCUGCCGCUGUGGCACGCGCUGUCGCCGGGGCGGCUGCAGCUGGAGCUGCACGCGCACGAGGCGCUGGCCAAGCACUGGAAGGCGGCGGCCAAGAAGGAGGCCAAGGCCGCGGCCAAGAAGGCCAAGAAGGGCGAGGAGGGCGGCGAGGGCGGCAGCUACGUGCCCGUCACGCAGCGGCCAGAGACGCGCUUCCUGCCGGCGCUCAUGGACGAGUUCCUGGCCGUGCUGGACCAGGUGGUGGUGCCGCCCAAGCUGCCGGGCUGCUACCCCAGCCUCAACCGCGGCGCGCUGCUCUACUGCGAGCGCUUCCUGGAGUUCCUCAUCGACCUGCUCAGCCAGCUGCCCACACGCCGCUUCGUGCGCACGCUCAUCGACGACCGGCAGCUGCUGGUCAAGGUGCGCAUGAGCGGCCUGUUUAAGUACGAGGUGCCGCCGCCGGGCGCCGCUGCGGCGGCGCUCGCGAACGCAAAGGCGGCUGCGCGGGCGGCGGCACGGGCCGCAAAGGCGGCGGCGCGGCGCGCGGCGAAGGAGGCGGCGAAGGAGAACGGGGCGGAGGAGGCGGAGGACGCCGAGGACGCGGAGGAGGCGGAGGAGGAGCAGGACGAUGGCGCGUCGGACUCGGGCUCGUUGGGCGACGGCGAUGCCGGCGGCGACAGCAGCAGCGAGGAUGGCGGGGACGCCGGCGGGGAGGGCGGGAAGGGCGAGGAGGGCGGCGAGGGUGGUGCGGGCGAGGAGGGUUCAGAGGUGGCUGCCGCGGAGGACGAUGCAGCAGCACCGGCGGAAGCAGCAGGGGACGAGCGGCCAGCGGCAGAGGCGAACGAAGACGCCGCAAAUGACGCGGCGGCAGCUGGGCCCGCAUCCACACCCAGCAAGGAGGGCGAGGGCAAAGACGCAGCUGCGGGCGGGCAGGGGCGGGGCCGGGGCCGCGGCGCCAGCCGCGGCCGCGGCGGCCGCGGGCGAGGCGGGCGCAGCCCGGGGCGCGGUGGCCGCGGGCGGGGGCGAGGGCAGGGCCGCGGCGCGUCUGCAGGGCGGCGGAGAGGCCGGUCCGCGGCUGAGGGAGACGGCAGUGGCCGGGGCCCGGCGCCGCCUCCCAGCAACCUGCUGUACCGGCAGCUGGUGGACCUGUUCUCCUACUACAUGUCCUUCCCCAUCAACGACCACACUGGCGAGCCGCUCACGGACGAUGAGGUCAACGCCGCGCACUACGAGAAGGUGUGUCAGUUUCAGCGGCUGUGCUUCAAGCACUGGCAGGGCGUGGAGGCGAUGCAGGAGCUGGCGCUCAGCCACUGCGGGGCGGUGGAGGCGCGGGACACGCUCAGGCGGCACCUGGCCUCGCUGACCGGCGAGCAGGUGCGGGAGCUGGUGUGCCGGCAGCUGCGGCUGGUGGGCGAGGACGACCCGUGGGCCGCGGACGGCGCCUUCCUGCUGGAGGUGCUGCUGGCGGCGUACGAACGGCGGCGCAGCCAGCGAGAGGUUGUGAACGAGAUGCCGCUGUACCCCACCGAGGGGCUGCUGUGGGACGAGAGCCAGAUUCCGGCCUCCUCUGAGCACUACACGGGCGAGGGCGCGCUGGCGCUGCCCAAGCUGAACCUGCAGUUCCUCACGGUGGCCGACUACCUGCUGCGCAGCUUCCACCUGUUCCGGCUGGAGGCCACCUACGAGGUGCGCGAGGACCUGGCCGACGUGCUGGGCCGCGUGGGCGCCUACACGGGCGACGACGGCCGCACCCGCUUCGCGGGCUGGGCGCGCAUGGCGCUGCCGCUCACCUCGUUCAAGGUGACGGAGGUGCGCAAGCCCAACGUGGGCGAGGCCAAGCCGGCGGGCGUUACGGCCAACGUGGUCAUUGACACGCGGCCACUGCGCGGCGACGUGCGGUCAGAGUGGGAUGAGCUGAAGCAGCACGAUGUGCUGUUCCUGCUCACCAUCCGGCCGCCGGACGCGCACGCCGCCGCCGCCGCGCACGCCGACGGGCGCACGCCCAACCCGGCCGAGAAGUUCGGCCUGGUGUACGUGCGCGGUUGCGAGGUGAUUGAGCUGCGCGACGAGGGCGGCAAGCUCAUGAACGACUUCACGGGCCGCGUGCGGCGCGACGAGGUGAAGCCGCCGGAGGGCACGGCGCGCACCGUGACGGUGGCGCUGGACACGGCGCAAUACCAGAUCGACAUGAACACCAUGGCCAGGCACAAGUCCGAGGACCCCUACGCCACAUUCAACCUGCUCAUGCGGCGCAAGCCCAAGGAGAACAACUUCAAGGCGGUGCUGGAGUCCAUCCGCGACCUCAUGAACGACGACACCGCCGUCAUCCCGCCCUGGCUGCACGACGUGUUCCUGGGGUACGGCGACCCGGCGGCGGCGCAGGCGCGUGUGCCCGGCACGGCGGCGGCCGCGGCCGCUGCGGCGGCGGAGGGCGGCACGGGCGGCGAGGGCGUGGGCGGUCAGGCGCCGCUGCGCACGGUGGACUUUGGGGACACCUUCCUGGACGCCCAGCACGUGGUGGAGGCGUUCCCGCAGUUCAAGGUGUCGUUUGUGAACAAGUCGGGCAAGGCGGUGCCGGCGCCGCCCUUCCGCAUCACCUUCCCCACCCAGCCGCUGCCCGAGGACGCCUCCACCUCUGGCGCUGACGCGGCAGCCGCUGCCGCCGAGGCCGCGGCCGCCGGCUCCUUCCCCGCCCCUGCCGACCCGGCCAACCCGGCGGCUGGCGAGCUGGUGGUUGAGGCAUACGUGCCGCCUGACCCCGGGCCCUAUCCGCAGGACCAGCCGCGGCGCAACGCCGUCCGCUUCACGCCUGUCCAGGUGGAGGCGAUUGCGUCGGGUGUGCAGCCGGGCCUGACCAUGGUGGUGGGCCCGCCCGGCACCGGCAAGACCGACACGGCGGUGCAGGUCAUGACCUGCCUCUACCACAACUGCCCAGGCCAGCGCACGCUGCUCAUCACGCACUCCAACCAGGCGCUGAACGACCUGUUCUCCAAGAUCAUGGAGCGCGACGUGCCCGAGCGCUACCUGCUGCGACUGGGCAUGGGCGAGGCGGAGCUGGACACGGAGCAGGACUUCAGCCGCGUGGGCCGCGUGAACGCCAUGCUGGCGCGGCGGCUGGAGCUGCUGGCGGAGGUGGAGAAGAUGGCCAGGCAGCUGGGCGUGCCCGAGGCUGAGUCGGUGGCAUACACCUGCGAGACCGCCGGCUACUUCUGGCUCAUUCACGUGCUCGCGCGGUGGGAGAAGUUCACCGCCGCCGUCGAGCGCGCGCGCGCCGGCGGCGCUGGCGCCGCCGUGAUCGCGGAGCUCUUCCCCUUCAAGGAGUACUUUGCCGACGCGCCGCAGCCGGUGUUUGCGGGCGCCAGCUUUGAUGCCGACAUGGAGCGCGCGCGCGGCUGCUUCCGGCACCUCAAGACGUUGUUUCAGGAGUUGGAGGAGUGCCGCGCCUUUGAGAUGCUCAAGGGCCAGGCCGACCGCGUCAACUACCUCAGCACCAAACAGGCCAAGAUCGUGGCCAUGACGUGCACGCACGCGGCGCUGAAGCGGCGCGAGUUCCUGCAGCUGGCGUUCAAGUACGACAACCUGCUGAUGGAGGAGGCGGCGCAGAUCCUUGAGAUCGAGACAUUCAUCCCCAUGCUGCUGCAGAAGCCGGAGGACGGCGUGUCUCGCCUGAAGCGUGUGGUGCUGAUCGGCGACCACCACCAGCUGCCGCCCGUGGUCAAGAACCAGGCGUUCCAGAAGUACAGCCACCUGGACCAGUCGCUGUUCACGCGCUUCAUCCGGCUGGGCACGCCCUACGUGCAGCUCAACAUGCAGGGCCGCGCGCGCGCCUCGCUGGCGCAGCUGUACAACUGGCGCUACAAGGCGCUGGGCGACCUGCCGGCGGUGCAGGCGCUGCCGGCCUUCCGCGCCGCCAACCCCGGCUUUGUGCACGAGUACCAGUUCGUGGACGUGCCAGACUACCUGGGCCGCGGCGAGUCCGAGCCGCUGCCGUACUUCUACCAGAACCUGGGCGAGGCCGAGUACGUGGUGGCCACCUUCAUGUUCAUGCGGCUGCUGGGCUACCCCGCGCACAAGAUCUCCAUCCUCACCACCUAUAACGGCCAGAAGGCGCUCAUCCGGGACGUGAUAGAGCAGCGCUGCGCGCCCUACCCCAUGUUCGGCCGGCCUUACCGGAUCGCCACGGUGGACAAGUACCAGGGCGCCCAGAACGACUACAUCCUGCUGAGCCUGGUGCGCAGCCGCGCCGUGGGCCACCUGCGUGACGUGCGCCGCCUGGUGGUGGCCAUGAGCCGCGCGCGCCUGGGGCUGUACGUGUUCGGGCGCAAGGAGCUGUUCGCCAACUGCUACGAGCUCAAGAACACAUUCCGCCUGCUCAUGGCGCGGCCCACGAAGCUGGCGCUGGUCAAGGGCGAGUCGUACGGCGUGUGCAGCCGGCAGGUGGAUGACCCGGUGGCCCAGCCGGACCUGAUGGACGGCGUGGAGGCCAUGUCUGGUCUGGUGGCCGCCAUCACGGAGGAGCAGACCGCAGCCGCCUACGCCGCCUACCAGACCCAGGUGCCCGCGCAGGCGGCAGAGGGCGAGCAGGGGCAGGCGCAGGCGGAGGGGCAGGAGGACAAGCCGAUGGCUGAGGCCGCAGGCGAGGAGGUCAAGGACAAGGAGGGCGAGGAGGCGGCGAAGCCUGAGGGCAGGGAGACGGUGGAAGGGAAAGCGGGAGCCGCGGUCAUGGAGGAGUAGUGGUAGGAACUGUGUGCUAGCUACCUACCAAGCCCAAGCACGGCGUAGUGUUGUGGCGAUGGGCGUGGCGGAAGGGGAACGGACAUACAUAUGAAGGCGCUUUUGCGCACUGCUCCGGAGGUGGUGCUGAAGCAUGUCGAGCGUGGGGAUGACGGCAUGCGCCGUUUGCAGCCUAUGGACGCGAAUGUGCAACGACCCGUUGGGCUAUUGGACUUGGUUUUGUGCUGGGACUCGGAAAGCGUUGACGCGAGGCUGGUUAGGAGUCGAACCCUGGCAAACGUGUAGGGAAGAGCGGCUCCGCGUGCACCAGUCGGGGCACUUUCAGGGCGCAAGCGUUGCUCUCGAGCCAUGCUGCACGGCAUGGCUGACCUGCCCGCUCCGCAAGGCUGGUGGGCUGGCGCGAAACGGCAAAAGUGCCGCUGUAAGGCCAUGGCAAA